CUGCCUUGUUUCGUACGCGAUUUCCAGGAACUGAAUUGAAGGUGUGGUAUAUAUGUUCAGAUAUUUCUCCCGCUCACAUGAGGAAAGACAAAAUGUCGGGUAUUAUUUUGCUCGUGCUGCUGUCGACUCUCACCGCGGGGAAUGCCAUUGAUGCGCGUAACGACAAUGGGAAGGCCGCUGGGUCUGUGUUGAAUAUUAGUGUACACGUCUACACGGAUGUCAAUUUUACGAACCACUUCAGUACUUCUAAGGAGGCAACGGAUUACUUGCUGAGGUUUCUCAAGUCGGUGUUCCUGCGGUUCCAAAAGGCACGCCCACACCUGAAACUGUAUUUACGGAACAUAACUCUCCUAAACGACACGAAAGUGGAAGACGAGUGCUUUAGUUAUGGAGAAUUCAACCACAGUGCGUACUACGCCAGUCACCGCAGCCCCACGAAGUAUGUUAAACUUGAAAACUCAUUAAGAACGUUCAAGAACUGUACGAAGAACGCAACUUCUCCUGCAUACAGAACCAACAAUGCCUCAUUAGUACUCGUCUUGACGUCAUAUGAAACAAGAAAGGUAGGAGGCAUCGCAGGAUUCCAGCCAUGGCCAGGUCUUGCAUCAAAAAAAGCAGGAAUAUGUACUGAGGAUAACCUGGCGAUCUCUCCCGACAUGCCGGGAGUUUACAUUGGAGUGCUUGCAGCCGUGAGAGUACUUGGUCACCUGAUGGGAGCGGAGUAUGAUGACUUGAGAAAAGGCAAGGGUGCAAGCAACCCAGACUGCCAAGCAUCCGACCGUUUCGUGAUGUCUCGCUUUGAAAACAAGGAGCAGUCUAACAGGUUCUCUGACUGCUCUUUGGAGGAAAUGGAGGCAACACUGAAAAAUAUGACGUGCACGGAUACAGGGCCCGAGCCACCUGAGUACAAGAUCAACUCAACGAUUAAAUAUCCUGGCGAAGACAUGAGUCGUGAAGUCCAGUGUAAAAAGAUUCGGCCCAAUUAUGUUGCGGCUGGGAGGAACAAGUACCAAUGUUUGCUAGAAUGCCAGCACACUGGCGUAUCAGUCGGAGGAUUGUUUACAUAUCAGAUGCUUGACGGACAGCAUUGCACAGAUGAGCAAUUCUGCUACGGCGGCCUGUGCAGCGAUCGCGCACCGGCCGGUCACGAGUAGUACGACUGCGGACCAUGCCCGUGUGACAACAUGCGGACCAUGCCA